GAGGCAAACUCCACCACCAUCAUGCAGGGGCGCCAGGGCGUCGCGCUGCUGUUGCUGGCGGCGACAUGGCAGCAGGCGGAGAGCUUCAUGCAGGUCGCUCCCUCGUCAAGGAUGCUCCAUCCUACGAGCACGCGAACAUGCUUGCGCAUGUCUGUGGAGAAGGGAUCGCGGGUGGCUGUUGUCCCUGCGUAUGAGAGAACAGGAAUCUGUGUCACCAAGGUCCUCGUCGACAACUCUUUCAAGCCCGUGGUUCAAGUGCCUCCGGGCUUCACCGACAAGUCUCCUCUCCGAUGGCCCAUCGACGGCUUCCCCAACCAUGUUCCCGAGGGUGUGCAGUUGGUGAACGAUCAGUUGCCUGUUGUCAAAGGGCUUGUCAUCGCGACCGAGGAUCCGGCCGAUUCCCAGCAGCUCCGAUACUUCCUGGGCGGGAUCCAGGGGCUAGAGAAGGUUGUGAUGAUGUCAAGAGUUGGAGUAGACAGGAAGGAUGAACUGUUGUUCAAGUUCAACCCGUUCCUGAAGAUCGGCAAGUGGUACGAGAUAGAGGAGACCCUCAAGCAGUGUGCUGCUGAGCAAGGCUUCGACUACACCAUCGUCCGCACAGGCCAGCUGCAGGGCGGGCCCUUCUAUAACUCCAACCGCGAGUUCCAGUCUGCUCUGGAGGGGAACCUCUUCGACUUCGAGCACCAGUCUUUCCAGGUCUCCUUGACCGACCGCAUCGACGGCAGUACCUCCCGCGACCUCGCGUCGACCGCCCUCUUCGAGGCUCUCCAACGAGACGUCAAGACGUUCAGCAUCAUCUCGAAGAAGGAGGGAUUCGUGCCUUGCUCUGUGAAGAACCACAUGCAGUGCCCUGCAGCCAACACCAAGAGCCGAACGGUCUACACGCCUUCUCCAUCCGAGUGGGAGCAGGCGUUCUCGCAAGCCUCCUAGGGCAGCAACACGUUUCUCAAGACAACUUUGCGUUGCUCUCCAACACGAGCCGAAUCGCUUC